AUGGACAAUCCACGCAGUACGUCCGUUGGCUUCAGUGUGAACUUUCUCAGCCAUGGACCAGUUACGACAAGCGGUACAUGUCUGAAAGGACCCAACACGGACCUUGAACCCUUGGAAAGAUACAAAGAGGGCGGUUUCCAUCCGAUCCAUCUUGGUGACACCCUCGGUCCCUCUGGGCGGUAUCGUGUCCUUCGAAAGCUUGGCCACGGGGGCUACGGCACUGUGUGGCUUUGUCGAGACACGUGCGACGAUUCAUCUAGAUACGUCGCUAUCAAGGUCACUGUUGCCAGGGUCAAGCCGGAAGCCAUCCCAGACCUAACGAUCAUGGCGGACCUGGAUCGAUCUGCACCCGGUGCCGAACACAUCUCUUUUCCACUACAUACCUUUUCACUUAAAGGGCCCAACGGAACACACCAGUGUAUAGUUCUUCCUGUCUACGGGCCUUGCGUCUCGCCUAGAAUAUGGACGCACUUGAAAGAGGAACCCGGCCCUGUUCUCCGGGGAAUGGCCUACCAGGCUGCAAAGGCCAUGAACUAUCUACACAUGAACGGUAUCUGCCACGGAGACUUCCGACCGGCAAAUAUAUUAGUCAAGCUGACCAACAUUAAUCAUCUACCCGAAAAUAACUUCCUGUCAAUCUUUGACGAGCCAAAAUUGGUUGAAGUACUGACAGAGUCGGGCGACGGCCUCCCACUCUCAUCGCCACGGUAUCUUACAUAUGCAAUAGACCUCUUCCGCCUAGGGGGUGAGUACCUGACCGACCAGAUCUGCGUCGUUGACUUUGGCGAGGCCUUCCGCGUCUCAACCCCCCCUAAAUUUUCUUGUAUUCCCGAGUCGUACCUUUCGCCAGAGCUGCUUCUACAGAUGCUUCAGGACGAGAAGAACGACUACGGAGCGGACGACGAGGAUGGCGAAGAAGAGAACGACGGAGACGAUACUACGAACGAUGAUCUAGAAGAAGGACGAGUUACUAUCGGUCCAGCCUGUGACCUUUGGGCUCUCGGGUGUACACUCUAUGCGAUCAGACAGCAGAUGGCACUCUUUUACAUGAUCGACGACCCGGACGAGCUCGUGGCCGAAAUGGUACGGUUCUUCGGAAAGCUUCCUUCACAGUGGUGGGAUACUUGGGAUCGUCGGGCGGAGUUCUACGAUGACCAAGGGAAGUGGGUUAGACAUGGCGGGAAUGAGACAUAUUCUCUCGAGUUCAUUCUCAGCAGGCCUAGAACCAUUGUACGGGAACCCGGUCACGAAUCACAGCGGACAAUCUUGAUGACACCCGAGGCGGAGCAGAAACUGAUGGCAGAUCUGCUUUACAAGCUGCUCCAGUACGAGCCUGAGAAGCGCAUUAGUGCGAAAGAUGUACUGGCGCACGAAUGGUUCAGGAUGUAA